AUGGAAUAUGGAAGAGAAAGGAAGAUGUCGAAGGACGGGUGGGUAGAAGAAAGAUGUCUUGGGUCUGGGAGUUUUGGAACUGUUAUGCUGUAUGAAAACAAGGUGACCAUAUAUAUUUUAUUAGUCAGUUAUGUCAUAAGAGCAGUUUUACUUGGGUAUGUGCCACUGGCCUCUCAGAGUCCCUACCCCAUAAUAAAGUCUAUUUUGUGGCCAAAUAUAAAUCCCAUCUUACAUCUUAGUCUCUUUUGGGCAAAUGUAAUUUUCAUGAUCCCAACGUAAUCUCUUUCUAUCUUAGUCACUGUAUUUCCCUUAUCAAUCCUUUUUGAAACAGGUCAUCCUAAAACUAAUUGACGCUUUUUUCUUAAAAUAAAAGAAGAACACUUUUGUUUUCACCUGGCCUACAGUACAAUUAAUGUUCUGGUACGUUUGCCAACUGAAAUGUGAAGAACUUUAAAAAAAUUCAAAUAUGUGCGACCCCAUUGCAGUAGUAACUAUUGAAAAUGCAGCCCAUUAUAGUCAAUCCAGUCGUGAAAAUGUGAUCCCAUCCAGCGGCACAUCCCCAUUAAUUUCCUAUGAGGAAGUACCACUCCCCCAGGCAUUGCGGAUGCCAGCAGAUGUAUAGAAACUGUAUAUUUUGGCCACCUAAGUUUGCAGGCCACUGCAAUCUGUGCGUGAUCCAUGCUCUUCUUAAUUUAUAAACCUUGGCUUUCUGAGGAAUGAACAUGCCACUUUCUUCAACUGUUCUGCAUUCUAUCAUGGUGAGUCAUCAUCAUCAUUGUAGGUCCUACAGAGCAGUUCUUCCUGUGCCCAGUGUUGUAUAUGGUUUAAACAGCAUUUAAGGAGUUGACUUUUUUAAAGAAUAAGCUGUCAUGUUUGUGUUUGUUCACCAUCAUUAGGCUUUGAUUUCAUUACAGAAAAUGUUGGUCAAGGACAUUUAAAUAAGGAUUUACUGCUUCAGGUCUCUAGAUCAAAAUUAACAUUCAUGACUUGUAUGUCUUGAGAACCUUUUGGUCAUGAGAUGGUUUACCCCCCCCCCCCCAAAAAAAAUUAAUUGUUUUAUAAAUUCUAAUAAAAUAUUGAGCAACUAUGCUCUUUAUAUUUUCCUACUGACCAGUUUACAUUAUUAUUGUUUUCAGAAAUGCUGCAGCCUAUUGCAUAUUUCCUACAGGAUUUGAUUUGUUAGUUUUGUCAAUUUAGAUUACCAAGGAACAGGUUGCACUGAAGCGAUGUCGUUUGGACCUGAAUCCUCGGAACAGAAAACGCUGGCAGCAGGAAGUGGAUAUUAUGAAAAGGCUUGAUCAUCCUAACCUUGUGUCAGCGAGAGAUGUACCAUCACCGCUGGAUGUUAAAGAUGAUGAGCUUCCUCUACUGGCUAUGGAAUUCUGCUCUGGAGGAGAUCUCAGAAAGGUGAAAUUUAAAAUUAGUUUUUCCCAAGUUUUCAAAUACAAGUUUUAAGCAAGGGAUGUUUUGUGGAUCUAGGAAUGUGGUGGUAGUUGGCCAAUUUAUAUAGAACUUUUUUUGCUAUAGUGUCUGAACCACCAUGCCACACUCUUUGAGAUCUGACAGUCUUACAACUAGAACACUUAAAUGCCAGUAAAUACACCCGAGAGAACUGAUUAAAACAAAUAUAAAACCCCAAACCCAAGUGGGUAGUGAAACAUGUGAAGGUUAUGUGGUUAUGUGGAAUAAGAUAAAAAGGAUUUACAGAGCAGGAUAGCUGUUUUUAGUCGGGUGGUUAGAGGCAUGGUGUGGUAUAUAAGGACAGUGUCCAAACAUCAGUCGCCUAAUGCUUUUAUGAGCUGUAUGAGAAUGCUGGACUGUUAUAAGCAAUGGAUACCCCACCUCUAUAAACAGAGUGCCCCAUGCAUUUAUAACAAAGGAUUGACACUACAAGAGCAAGAUGAUCCCUGAGUUUGCGGAGAAAUUGAUUAGAUAAGUAAAAACCCGCCAGCUUGGGGUGCAUGGGGGCUUCAACCCAGUUGAAGGCGUGACUGUCUGGGGCAGGGGGUGUAAAACUAAAGGCAUGAAGAAUAGCGCGGUAGGGUAUAACUUGCUACAGGGAAAACAAGGAAGAGGGAUUUCAACCACCUAUUCACAAAACUGAAUAGUCUUCCUCCAGCGAAUGACAAUGAGGGUACCCCAGGGAAAAACCUAAAAUCUGCUUUGGUGAGCUGCUUGCUAGAAUCAAACUUACCCCAGGGAUGUAGGAAGCAAGAGAGCCUUGUGGAACAUGCCAUAAAAUGCGACAAUCUAAAUCACCCAAAAGGAGGAAUCAAGGCUUAACUUAAAAUUUAAAGUUGUAUGAAUCUGCAACAAAAUGGCAGCAGUAAUAACGGUCUCACUUCCGUAAUCUGCUUGCUUAUGCUAUAAACUGCACGAAUACCCAAAGAGUGGAUGGAUAGAUAGAUGGCUGGAUGGAUGGAUGGAUGGACGGACGGACAGAUAACUUUAUUUAAAAUGUGUCAGACCCAUAUAGCUUGGAAAAAAACCAAUACUAAUUUGUUUACUAAUUAAUUAACUUAACUAAGUGUUAUGCUAUAAGGGCCAAAUUUACAAAACCUUAUCGCUAUCUGAUUGGUUACUUAAAAUCUUGUGACUAUGUGCUAUAUAAUUUGUAGUAUUAAAUAUUAUAGCCUGAGAAAACAGCGGACAUUUCACGACGCCACGACUGGUUUCCCCUCAAAAUGACAUCUGAGAAUCUAGAGCAGAAAUUCCAUCCUGAUGAUGCAUCACUACCCAGAUCUCGGUAGUGCUUCUGAUUGGUUGAAGCAAAUUUCCCAUGUGGUACGACCAAUAAGAAGCACUAUCCAGAUCUGGGUAGUGAUGCAUCAUCAUUAUGGACUUUCUGCGCUCGUUUGUCAGACGUCAUUUUGUGGGGAAACCACUGGUGGUGUCAUGAAAUGUCAGCUGUUUUCUCAGGCUAGUAAUUUUACUUCCUUAGUAUAUCUUACCGAUGGCUAGUUAAAGCCCUCCAGACCCCAUGUACGCUACUUUGGGGGAUGGUUUAGAUUUAUAUUUAAUACAAGUAUCAACAUCCACAACAAUCAAUAGCAUGUUUUCCUCAUCAAUUAAGGUAUUGAAUUCACCAGAGAGUUGCUGCGGACUGAGGGAAAACACAGUUUUGAGGAUUGCCUCUGAUAUUGGUGAGGAAUAUUGCAAUAAUUUUGACUUUUACUGAAAUACACUGUACCAGUAAAAAUUAAAUUUCCAUUAGAUUUAGAAGAACUGUAGAACAAUGAUUCUUCUCUGCCUUUAAGCAUUUUGACCAUUUAAAAAAUGGAUUGAUUUAACUUCUUAUCAUGAUGUAAAGAAACCUAGGCGUUAUGAAAUUAUAAUCCUCAAUAUAUCAUUACAGUGAAGUUAAAAUCAGACUCAGACUCAAAUAUUUCAUUCCCUGGCUAUUUGUGACUCCAAAUUAAAACAGCAAGGCUCCCAGUUACCUUCAGAGUAAAUACAUGUAAAUGUAAUUUAUUUGCUGUUUUUCCUUAGCUGCUGCAGUAGAGUUUCUUCAUGGUCAUCGAAUCAUUCAUAGAGACAUCAAACCUGAAAACAUUGUAAUAAGUCACAUGGAUAAGAAGGUGGGAUAAAUUAGCUGACCAGGCAGCUGGCCCACCAUUCACUAUCUCAACCAGCCAGCCAGUUAUUUCAUCAAGCACUUAGCUGUUCUUGAAUGCAGCCUGCCAGUAAAAUAGUACAUUUUCAACUAGACAAGUGACCAGUGGCCAACCAGUCCCUUUAAUUUGAUUCCGAAAAGCCAAUCUGCUACUUAGUGGCCACCCAUUAAGCCAGUAACUCAGUCUUUCAGUCAGUGGAUGACUCAAUCAGGAGAAUCUAUCAAUCAAUCAAGCAUUUCUUUUAGUUUUUAUCAGUUGGCCAGUUGUUAGCCUAUGGGAAAGUCAGUCACUACAUUAGUGAGAACUCCAGCAAACAUGCUUCCUUCCCUGCCCUCCCUCCCUCCUUUGGUUCUUUCUUCAUUUCUUUACUCAAUGACUCAUUCCUUUUUCCAUUUCUUCCUUUAUACUUUCUUUCCUUCUGCUCAUUCUUUGGGAUUCAUUGGCCAGGAUUGCUUAACAAGCCAAACCUACUUCUGAGUGAGGGGCUACUCCUCAGUCUUUUCUUUCUUUUUUCUUUCCUCCUUACAUUCUUCCUCUCCUCCACCUUCAUUACAUGUGACCUUCCCCCCCUUAUUUCUCUUUCUCUAUGUUUUAUAUCUUUGCUUUGUAGGUGGUUUAUAAACUGAUUGAUCUUGGUUAUGCAAAAGAACUUGAUCAAGGAAGCCUAGCCAGUACUUUUGUAGGAACACUGAAAUAUUUGGUGUGUGCCCAUUGAAAAAUAUUCAUGACUAUUAUAUUGAUAAUAAAUGUCAAUGAUUAUUAUUUUAAUUUAUUUUUAUUGCAUUUUAACCUCACCAAGAGCUGCCCAGCCCAAUAUAUUAUCUGCAUUAUUCCCGAGCUGGUGCCCUGCCAACUAAAAAAAAAACAAACAAAAAACAAAACAACUGUUUUGGCACAUCAGAUGAUGUUCUAUUUUCAUGGCCUGGAUAGAUAUCUAUCCAGUGGCUAUCUAUCCAAUGUAACACAUACUUACGACCAAUGCCUAAGUUGAAGAUGCUUUCAACUUCUUGUCUUACAACCGAGUACAGCGCAGCCCCUACUCUCUUUGGCUGAUAUCUUAGAUUGCCUCUCCUAAUAUUACAAAGGAUAAAUUAUAUUCUUUUUUCCUUAUAGGCUCCUGAACUGUUGGACAGAGUGCAGUACACAAAAACGGUAUGACAGGAUUUUUUAUCUGUUCGGUUGAAUGUCUGCAACUUAAUGACAAUUGUUUUCAUUACUUGUCUGUGUUGACAAACGCUUUUCGCUCAUCUGAGAUUAGCCAGGCAGCCAGAGAUCACUUGGAUUGACCAUGGUGCAUUAAAUGAACUGAUGAAUCCUUUCCCAGGGUGGAUUUAUUGGUUCGUUUGAUUUGCUAUGAUCGGAGUGAUCUUGGAUCACAUCCUGAUCAUCUCAAUGCAACGUUGUUGUGUUCUUGCAGGUUGAUUACUGGAGUUUAGGUACUAUCUUGUUUGAGUGCAUAACUGGGAUGAGGCCAUUUUUGCCAGAACUUUCUCCUGUCCAAUGGUAUGAAAGCAUUAAGUAAACUUUCUUUUGCCGCAUACACAUAUUACCGGUAAUCCCACGUAUCUGUUUUAAGUUAGUGGGUAUAAUGCAGGAGUACACAUUUUUCCAAUAAGAGCAUAAUUAAGUAGGCAGUAUUUUUACGUUGUUCAGUUUACUACUUAAACUUAACAAGACAAUUUUGACACUUUAUUGACACUUGAUGAGAAUUUUCAUGGAUAUACACUUUGAUAAAGUUAAAGCUAAAAAGUCACAGUGUUUGGACCUCUCAAGGGUCAUUUUCAAGUGCGAGCUAAAUAUAAAAUUAGCAUACUUGUAAAUAUAUUAUGAACUGUUAAAAAUAGAUGGAAUAGAUAAGAAUGCAAUGAACAAUAAAAUGUGAUAAAAUAAGUGAUAUUCAGUUCAAUUUUGUAAAAUUGAAAAAAGAAACUUCUUGGUGAUUUUUAGCUGUUUUCUGUUUCACGCCCACACUGAUGCAGCACCACAGCAGGGUUGUCACCAAGUUUAAAAAUUGUGGGGGUAUAUGCGAUUAGUACGCAAAGAAUUGAAUCAGCUUAGAGGUUUUGCUGUUUUUUUUUUUCGUAUGUUUUCUAUGAAAGUAGCAGGUGGUCAUACCCAUAGUAGCCAGAAGAAAAUGCCAUCUCCGAUCCUUAGUGACAGAUCUACCACUGUUUGUUUUAAAACUAACCCAUUUCAUCUUCGUUCGUUUUUUGUGUUGACUUGCACUGGAAAGAAAUUGAACAAUAAACGUUUAUGCAAUAUUGAUUUCACAUGAAAGCUUAAGUGAACCUUGCAAUAUAAGUCACAAGCUGCUUUUCCAUUCUUUUUAGGCACCAUGAAAUUCAAAAGAAAGACCCAAAAGACAUCUGUGCCUACUUCGAUGUCAAAGGUAAGGCGGUAGCAUGAUUUAGUUUUAACUUUUAAUGACAGCUUUAAGGCAAAUUGUCUUGUUCACGUCUAUGUAGAGAAGUUACUUUCUUCUUCUUUUGUUCGGUUUAGUGCUUUGUUCUUCUUUGCAGUUAACGUUUAAUGGUCAUAGUUGUAUUAUCCAGGACAAUUUCUACAAAUAAAAGAUAUUUAGUUUUCACACAGUAGUGAAUUUGGGAGUCACAAUAGACAAAGGUGCUUUAAUGCUUUGGUAGGCAACCAGAACCUUGCAGAGACCAAACAGAAGCUUUUCAGAGUCACAAUAGGCAAAGGCACUUUGAUGCUUUGGAAGGUAACUGGAACCUUGCAGGGGCCAAACGGAAGCUUUUGGGAGUCAUAAUAGGUAAAGGCACUUUAAUGCUUUGGAAGGUAACCAGAACCUUGCAGAGGACAAACAGAAGCUUUUGGGAGUAACAAUAGGCAAACGUGCUUUAAUGCUUUGGAAGGUAACUGGAACCUUGCAGCGGUCAAACAUAAGCUAUUGGGAGGCACAAUAGGCAAAGGCACUUUAAUGCUUUGGAAGGUAACCAGAACCUUGCAGAGGACAACUGGAAGCUUUUGGGAGUUACAAUAGGCAAAGGUGCUUUAAUGCUUUGGAAGGUAACCGGAACCUUGCAGAGGACAAACGGAAGCUUUUGAGAGUUACAAUAGGCAAAGGCGCUUUAAUGCUUUGGGAGGUAACCAGAACCUUGCAGAGGUCAAGCGGAAGCUUUUGGGAGUUACAAUAGGCAAAGGCACUUCAAUGCUUUGGAAGGUAACCAGAACCUUGCAGAGGACAAACGGAAGCUUUUGGGAGUUACAAUAGGCAAAGGCGCUUUAAUGCUUUGGAAGGUAACUGGAACCUUGCAGAGGACAAAUGGAAGCUUUUGGGAGUUACAAUAGGCAAAGGCACUUUAAUGCUUUGGAAGGUAACCAGAACCUUGCAGAGGACAAACGGAAGCUUUUGGGAGUUACAAUAGGCAAAGGCGCUUUAAUGCUUUGGAAGGUAACUGGAACCUUGCAGAGGCCAAAUGGAAGCUUUUGGGAGUUACAAUAGGCAAAGGCGCUUUAAUGCUUUGGAAGGUAACUGGAACCUUGCAGAGGCCAAAUGGAAGCUUUUGGGAGUUAUAAUAGGCAAAGGCGCUUUAAUGCUUUGAAAGGUAACUGGAACCUUGCUGAGGCCAAAUGGAAGCUUUUGGGAGUUGCAAUAGGCAAAGGCGCUUUAAUGCUUUGGAAGGUAACUGGAACCUUGCAGAGGCCAAAUGGAAGCUUUUGGGAGUUACAAUAGGCAAAGGCGCUUUAAUGCUUUGGAAGGUAACUGGAACCUUGCAGAGGCCAAAUGGAAGCUUUAGGGAGUCACAAUAGGCAAAGGCACUUUAACGCUUUGGAAGGUAACUGGAACGUUGCAGAGGCCAAAUGGAAGCUUUUGGGAGUCGCAAUAGGCCAAAUGGCUUUAAUGCUUUGGAAGGUAACCAGAACUUUGCAGAGCUCAAACGGAAGCUUUUGGAUUGCAAGGUUGAUGGUUUGUUUCAUAGCCAGCGUUUUUCACAUGCAGUUGUUCAACCAUCUCAUGAUAUACUGCUCCCAAAUCCACUAAUAUUUCAUUGUUAAUGUUUUUUUUAACAUCACUGUAUUACCUUACAGCAAGAUAUGAAAAACUCGUUCAAUUUAAUUCACAUUGUCAUAAAUUGCCCAUUGUUAUAGUUAUUAAUAACGUUAGUGUUUGCUUUCUAAAAAAAUAUGCGUUUUUUUGUCCUUUGAUAUAUUAAACACUAAAAGGCCUGUACAUAUUAAUGCAAACUUAAUGUGCUGAUGAACUGUUGCAUUUUUUUUUUUCAGGAGAAAUACAAUUCUCGUCUGUCUUGCCAACCCCCAAUUCUCUCUGCAGGUAACUGUGCUAAUGAAAACAACAACACACCAGUGGUUAAAACCAGAUCAACAUUGUCAUUCAAAACCUGUUAUUUUUUUUGGUGUCAUAACUAAGUAUAGUUUGACAGAGUGAUUGCCGUUUUUGUUGCAUUUGUAGCACUUUUGCCGGGCUGUAAGUAGUGUCAUAUCAAGCCUCUAGCGAGCACUCCUGGCUUCUGAUCAGUUCGUGUAUAUAUGUAUGGGUAUCCUUCUGCACGCAUCAAAAUUACACCUGGAGACAAUGUUUUUACUGUUGUUGCACCAGCUUUAUACUGUGAACUUACCUUUUUAAACCUGUGUGUUUAUAGAUGUUUAUUUUUAUGGACUAGUGUGAAGUUUUGAUGAUUUGGCACAUUACAAUUGUAAAUUUUUAUCAUUGCUUUACACCUUUACUUUCAUUUCUAUAGCAAAUUGUUCCUUAUCUAUCCAGUGACGGAUACAGGGGAGGAGCCUGGGGGGCCCAGGCCCUCUCUUAUUUUUGGACCAAACUGAGGCCCAAACGGCGGAAAAAUUUUUUUUUAUAAGACCCCCCUUUCCCUUAUCUCAAAGUCUGGAUCUGGCACUGCUAUCCGUCACUUGUUUAUGAUCUAAUCGUUUAGCAUUGUCUUUGUGCUAUACUCUACCAUUCAUUGAGAGUGCUUCACCAUACACUAACAACACUAACUUAAGUGCUUACAUUUUACUUCUACCAGCAGCCUUGGCUAGCAAACGCAUGGUGUACAUGGCAUAAUGCUUGCAUUUUGUGUAACCUGAGUGUCAGGCUUUCCUUUCUUCUUUUUUUUCUUGGGAAUUUAUGAAGAAGGGAGGAAACCAUUCUCCCCCCCGCCCCCCGCUAAGGAGGGCUACAUUUUGUGUUACUGAGAAGCUCUGAUGCUACAAAGGCCUUUAAAGAUUUCUUCUCUCGUAAACAGACAAUUGCAAGACAAGUUUGUAAUCUUACUCAGACUGCUAUUGUUGUGGGACCCCAAAGAGCGUGGAGGCUCAACUCAGGAAAAUGGAAAGAAGGAGUGUUAUGAUGUGCUUGAAAAAAUAAUGAAGACUAUGGUAUGUAAUCGUCAUACUCUGUAAGGCUUUUAGCAAUUAAAUUGCUAUCUCUGCCAUUCUCUCAAUAAAUGAUAAAACGUUUUCUCCUUUGUAGGUUGUACAUGUAUUCUCAGUCAGUACUUCAACGAUGUUGUCAUUUGAAGUUUUCCCUAAUGAAACGUGAGUUUAAAAUAUUUCAAGAUUUUGAUUAUAUGUCUAUGUUACAGGUUAAAAUUAAAUUCAGGGUAAAAUUUUCUAACCUAAGUUAAUUCUCAAUUUCCUUUGUCUCCUGGCCCUCAUUAUUCAUGAAUUUAUGGUUAGGAGAGAAACAAACUUGAGAAAAAACCUACGAGUAACGUAAAAAAUUUUAACUUGAAGUUAUUUUUGACCUGCAACAUCUAUUACCAGACAUUAAAGGCUAAUACAUAAAACAGGAUAUCUUGUCAGAAACUUGUUAAAGUUAUGUACACUGCAAUUACUUCUUUAACUUACGAGAGAUGUCCUUCAACACAAAAAGGUCGAUUCUAAAUGAAUUCUGGAAGGAAAGUCAAAGAAUGUAGUUGUAAACUGCACAUGGUCAAAGGCAAAUGAUAACGAGUUGCACGCUUGCAGCUUUAUCACAGUAAUUUCUUCUUAUAGAAUUGAGGAUCUUCAAGUGAAAUUGUAUGAGGUGACUGAAAUAGAUAAAGAGGACCAAGAACUGCUAGCGUAUUCAGGGCAAACUGUGGACCCAACAACUCCUGUAAUGGAUAUCUGUAAGAAGAGUAGUCAGGUAUGAAAAAAUUCUAUUUAUGAACACAAUACUGUGUUUGUUAAAGAGUCAGUGUAGAUUUCUUUUCGUACCGUGGUAGAUGUUAAAAUAACCCAGUUAGAUCUUGAGAAACAUGAUGGAGUAAUACACUUGAUUUCAAUGAACAGUUGCUCAGGAGCAGUUGAAAGUACUUGUUUUAUGGUUAAACCUGCACCGAUUACUGAUUUAAAAAUCCAUUUCUUAUUGACACUGAAAAACACACCUUCGGUGUGGUUUUCUCCAAAAGGUUGAGGUAUGGACAAUUGUGAGCACUGGGGGACGGGGAGAUUGCCCCAAACGUUUUAAAAUAUGACCACACGCAGAAGGUUUAUUUGUAUGUAACGUACUGAACAAGGGUGAUAGACUUUGCACUGAUGUUGUUUAUUGUGCGCUAUUCUUACAGGAGGAUGAGGACUGCGCACUUUUUCUUCUGCCUACAAAUAUUAAAACCUUUUCCACAGCAAGGCCAAUACAUUCUAUGCCACCCACAGUGAAAGGAAUGGGUAAGAUAACAUUACAUAAACCGAAACUUAACUACAGACAUGUAACGUUAUUUGCAACAGGUGGUAAUUUAAAGUUCUAAGAGCUGAUAAACCUGUGGCCUUCUAUUUUAGCGUCUAACACUGAGUGGGGACACCUUUCCCGUCAAUUUAGAAUUUCCACAUAUUGGUUUCUUGCGGAGAGGAAAAAAACUGAGUACCCAGGGAAAAAUCUCUCGGACCAACAACAACAAUGGUGGAAGGCGAGUUCUUUCACCAGUUCGUUAUCCCUGCUUCCCCUCCAUAAAAAUAACUGUGACUCUCUCAACGUAGACAUCCCCUCUGAGGUCUGAUUUUACCGGCCAGCAGGUUUAUUUGCUUGCGUCAAUUGAAUUUUUGUUCAAAAAUUAUACCUGUACUAGAUGUCAUUUUGCAAAGUGCGGUUUGAGAAACUAGAAGAAACGGUACUCUAGAUGGUAUCCACAUUACCUUGUUUGAAAUUUUUAUUUUGGAAAUAUUUAGUUAAUUACUAGUGGGUUAAAAAUGGAAUAAGAAAACUGAAUCUCCUGCAGCACACACUAAGUACAUAGCCUAGGCUAAGGGACUACGUUCAUUUGCAGUCAGAAUAGACCAUGCAUUUUCGAGGUACUAGUAAAGAACUUCAGUGAACUAGCUUGCACUCAGGGCUGAUUGGGGAGAACAAUUUUAAAAUUGUUGUAGGUGAAAAGAUUUCGUAUUAGCUAACACUUUCAGCAAAAGUGGUUCCAAAUAACUUCCUUGAAGACCAAAAUGAUCAAUAUUUUUCGCUGUUAAUUAGAAAAUGGGGCGUCAAUGAAGGAAAGCGUGCGAAAACUAGCUUUAAUAAUGCUGGGAGUCUAUAUUAGAAACCUAACAUUUUUUCUAAUGUUUAUUUUCAGUCACCGAACCUAAGACAGUGAUGUCAUACGAGGUAAAAUAGUUUUUAUCAGUGGUGUGAACUAGAUAUUAAUGUACGUUUGAACUUAAUUUGUUUCCUAAUAUUAUUUGGAUUUAUCUUUCGUCCAAACAACGACAAGAGUGAAGAUUCUGCUUUUUUUUACAAAUUGGGUUAACACUUUGCUUAGUUCGUUGGUUAUUUAACACUAGGGAGCUUGAGUAAAGACGUUUAUGAGCGACGCACGUCAACCAGAAGUGGACUUCUUGCAUUCUUGGGCAAUGCUUUUGCCCAAAUCUUGGAACAAAUCGUCUUUGCAAUACAAAUUUGGUAGCGUCAAUGUAUAUUCACUACUUUCACAUAAACCAGAAUGCACCUUGGUUACCCCCCAAAUUUUGCAUAACCAUUGUUUUCAAUUUUUUUUGGGGGUAAACAAGGUGCGUUAUGGUCGAUGUGAAAAUGGGGAAUAUGGGAAAAGGCCUCACUUCCGGUUGACGUGCGUAACUAAAAAACGUCUUAGCUUAAGCUUCCCACUUGUCUCUACGGGAACAGUGGAAAGCACCAAGAACACAUUAGGGAGUUUAAGUAACAACAACGGCGACGGCAACGAAAACGUCACUUUAAAAGUAAAUUCGCGCUGCUUCAAACUUUAUCGCGCUUUGUUCCAUCUCGUUUACUUCGUCAAAUGUUGGCAAAUAUUUUUGGAGUUGAAUGCUAAAGGACUGUAUCAAAGUUCAGAAAAAGAAAAAGAAAGUUGUUGUCUUGUGUUCCCGUCCUCGACAAAACGUGAAUUUAGGCACUUUCACGUUGUUGUCGUGCGACGACGGCAAAGAAAUGUGCACGUGCAAAGUUGCUGUUUUGCUAAUCUAAACCUGUUGUUUUUUUUGCCGUUCUCAUUGCCGUCGCCGUCGUCGUUGCUUAAGCUCCCUGUUGUGUAAAGUUUGUGUUUGCUGGCAAUUUUUCAAGUCAUAAAUUUAUCAAAAUAACGUUGGUUUUUUUAGGAGUUAAAAAGAGCCUUUGCACAGGGAGUAAAGUUCUGUCAAGAACAGCGAAAGAUCAAUCGGCUGUUGAUGGAAGGUUUCAGAGCUGUUCAGUGAGUUUAAAUAUUACCUUGUAAUUUGUAAUUGUAAUUUGUUUUAAUUUGUUCACCCACGGAGCUUUUGGUAGUUCUUAAGAACCCGAAGAAAUGUUUCCAUGUGUUCCAGAUCGAGUUGGAAUUUGGAAGUGUUGGUUUUUGAGGAGAGGGGAAUUCCGGAGUACCCGGAGAAAAACCUCUCAGAGCGAAGGAGAGAACCAACAACAAACUCAACCCAUAUAUGGCGUCGACGCCGGGAUUUGAACCCGGGCCACAUUGGUGGGAGGCCAGAGUGCUCUUACCACUGCACCUUUCUAAAACUCAUAAACGUUUGAGUUUAGUUCCUGUGUGUAACUGCCUGACAACAUUAAUAACAGUUGGUUGCCUGAAAACUGAUAAAACACGAUUCCUUCUACCUUUUACGUCCGGGCCAGAUCACGAACAAAACGCUGCAAUUCUACUGCAUGAACGCUUAUUUAUUUUAUUUUAUUUAUUUACUUGCCACAUAAUGAUACUAAUUACUUGCCACACAAUACAAAAAUAUAAGACAGUAGAAAAAGAGAAGUGGCAAGGAGAUCUAAGAGAAACUAUAUGAAACAUAUACGAGUGGAUAGGCGUCCUCAAACUACGGGCUAUAGCUGUUUACAUCAAGUGAAGCAAAAGAUGCCGUUAAUUCUUAGGUGGAAACGAUUUAAGAUCGUUUCUCAUAUAAAAUUAUUUACUUACUAAUUUAAUCUUUAGUAUUUAAAGGAAAAGAGAAAUUGAGAGUUUGCUACACUAAACAGUGUUCCUGAAUCUGUCGAAAGCAACCUAACAGGCUACACGCUAUCUCUUGUUCAUUACUUAAAUAUCAGUGAAGAAAUAUGUUUUUUUCCUGACGUAUUGAAAGGAGGCAAGUUUACAUUCUCAGGAUCAGAAUGCUUUCGUAAAGCUCACGUGACAAAACGUCAAACUCCAUUAGUAAAGAUUCCGCUACCAAAUUGAAAGUUCAAGCUAAAAAUGAACCUUAAUUAUAUCAAAGUAACUCGAAUUGUUUUACUAAACUGAGUAUUCUUCUUGUUAGAUAAUUGGUGAUAACUAGCAUUCUGGAAAGUGAAUAACCUUAAUAUUUUUUUUAGGUGUGAUUUAAUCUACCUGUCGCAGUAGCCUCACUGCCUUUUGUUUGAUAUUCCAAAUUUUCUUACAGGAUUUCAUUGUUGCAUCUAAAUUCUAAACUUGGACAGUUUGCAAUAAAAGGAUGCGCUUUAUGACGGAACAAUCACAUGAAAAAACUAGAGGCCAAAGUUUAUAAUUUUUUUUCAAAUUAAGGUAUUCAAACUGAGACCAGAUUUUGUUAUAUGGAAAGAAAAAGUAAGUAGUUUUUAGUCUCACAAUAAGAGGCAUUCCAACAUGUUCGUUCCGUUUAGACCUCAUAUCUGGACCGUUUCAAGUUGUUUACGUCUUUAAAGGUUUUUGACCUCAUAUUUUUCUCCUUUCUCAGUUUACAGAAAGAUUUAGAAUGUUAUGCAGAAAAUAUCAGCAUCUUGAAAAGUAAGUGUCACUCGUAUGACUGUAAAAGUAGCAAUGCCAGUUCUUUGAGGCCAAGAAAAUGACUGAAAGGAACAAUCUAAGUAAAGAUAACAAGGUUAAGAAUCCCAGAAAACAAAUCCAACUAGCGGUAAGGGCGAGGGAUGAACAAAGCGAGCUUUCUUCCCUCUCUACCACGCUGCCUUCAUAUGUAUCUAUAGCCUACAGUCAAGAAACCUGAUGGAAAUCUCAGUUAUUAUCAGAUGUCCCGCUAUUUGAAAAAAAAGAAACUGUAUUUGAUGUAGAUGGUUUUAUCCUUUUGUCAGAUGACAAGAUUCUGAGGGGAUGGAAAAGAGCGCAGAAAAAAGUGGAAUCAUUGCAGAAUGUAAGAGAAAAAUUGUGCUGUUUACUUUAAGAAUACUUUCUCAAGGAUGGAACUUCGUCUGUCAAUAAUGUAACUUCUUCUGUCGAGAGUAGAUCUUCAUAUCUGAAGAAUAGAACUUUGUCCGUCAAGAAUGGAACUAUUAUAAAAAACUGCGUUUGUCAAGAAUGAAACUGCACCUGUCAAAAAUGAAAUCUCGUUUGUCAAGUAUGGAUGUUCGUCUGUCAAGAAUGACGCUUCCUUUUUCAAUAAUGAAACUUCUUCAUUCGAAAAUGGAACUUCCAUCUGUCAGGUUUAGAGCUUCUUUUAUCAAGGAUGAAACUAUGUCUGUCAAGAAUGGAACUUGGAACAUCAUUUCACUUUUGGCUUCGCUGAAAUCAUAAUUACACCUUCUUAAAGACGUUUCAAAAAGUCAGUAAUCGUUAUUUUAAAUAUUCUACAGGAUGAUGUAACACCGCUCAAGGAUUUAACAUCUUCGCUACAGAGUAAAGUGCUUGAGCUGCAAAAAAGUCCGUAUUCAAGCGGGACACCCUCCAAGUCUAAACUGGAUGGAAUGUAGGUAAAAUUGUGAAGUAUUGACAACUGCUUGCGUAACAAAAACAUUCAAUGUAGUGUCAAUCGAUGAACAUAAAUAAUCACUGCCAGACUGCACUUAUUUUAACACUGUUGACUGUAUUGACCAUUGAAACACUGUAAAUUGAAAACCAUUUUGCAAUUUUCUCAUACCUUAUCUUAUUCAUAACGCCAUUGCUCUUGAAUUACUAGAAAAUUCAAGCAACAUAUUCAUACAUUUUCUUUUAGGGCCGUUAAAAAUUCCUUUUAAAUUCUUUUUUUUUUCUACUCCUGAAAUACUUCUUGAAGUGUUAUAAUUGCAUUGAAUGAGUCGGCUGUUGGACCUUCUUUUUAGGAAGUCAGAUUAUGCUCAAAGAAUCUAUUCAACCUCUUGGAUCUGGAAUAGGCAAUUGGAAUAGGCUUUUUGCACGAUGACGUUGUUUUACUACGAAGACCAGAAUCCCUUGGGCUUUUGUAAUUGCAACCUCGCUGGAAUGACCAUAUUUAAAUAUGAAAGAAAAAACGAAGAGGAUUGUGGUUGUAGUAUUAAAAUGACGCCAUCGUGCAAAUGGCCUAUUCUGUCCAAACCCUAAAAAUACUAAGUUUGUAAUCAACAUAUUACUAUUGUCAUUCAACCAACUGUUCUUUACCACAUUAUUUUUAACUCUAGGUACGAUCAAGCUGUUCAACUUUAUGAGGACCUAAGACAAAGUUAGUCGAACAAACCACAAAGACCAGUAGUAUAAUAAGGACCGGUUACUCCGUCUUUUGCCCACAAAGUGGAAAUAAAUUGUUGUCUGCAAUGGACAAUGAAAGCGGUAGGAAAUAGAACUUGCAUAACGCGUUACGGUUCAGUGAUUUAAAGACACGUGCGAGCUAGCGCUUAGUAUUCCUUUGACAACAUGAAUCAACCAACAUGCAUCGGGCUUGAAAUAACUAGAAAACCUAUCCAGCGGGUAAAACUACUUAAAAAAGCACAUGACCGUAUCUCAAUGAGAUUCUUCGAGAUUCCUCUACAUUUUAUUCAAGAGAGAAAGACAAAAGGCUAUGACGUCAAUGGUAUUAAAGUAUUCCGCGACAAAGUAAGGAGAUUCAUCUUCAAAAAACGGAGUAACCGAUCCCUACUAUACUACUAAAAAGCCUUUCUUAACCUGCCCUCCAGUAGAAUACAUUAGUAACCCUUUUUAGACACAUUUCAAACAUCUUUGUCUUGUUCUAAAACACGACGCAAGGGCUGUGCUUCAUUCCCUCUAUUGGGUUGUAAGGGUUGUUGUUCCGAUAACAUUUGAUUACGCAUAUUAUUAGAAAACUUAGCCUACGUUUGUUACCGUAAUUUGCAGGCAGUUUAAAAAUAAACGGAAUUAUUUUUAAAUAAUUAAAAUCCAUUAAGAUCCAUUAAGAUCCAUCAGUUGGGCCAAGAAGAUUGACUACAUAAAAUCUCAGUCCAUUCCCAACAAUAACAUGAGAACGGGUGAUACUAUCCUCGUGAGUACAGUAGCUGCAUAUUGAGUCCAUGUCAUAAAAAAGAGCGAACACCAAAGUCUUAAUAUUUCUAUUUGUCAACUGUAAAUCUCCGUAUAUUUCCGUUAUAAUCGACUAGAGGUCUUCUAUGAUCGAUUAUCGCGUCGGUUAAGGUUUCUUAAUUUUUUUUUACUGAGGUUCGCCAAUUUUGGCAGGGUUACUGCAACAGUGCCUGACGCCAAUAUUGUAAACUGCGAGCCCGCAACAGCCCCUCCCCCCAUUAGAGAUAGACCACCACACCGGGGCCUACUUCCCCUACUUUUUACGAACAGUGUGUGAAUUCUUAAGCUUCCCAGAGAGUUUAUAUGUGCAAGAGUUUUGAGACGGGGCUUAGAGUUUAUCGUUCUUAUCCGAAAAGACUAGAAAGUCUAACCGUUUGCAGAUGUCUUCACAAGCUCAGUUAUUUAAAGGCCCCGGGUUCUGAACCCUGCGACCUCCCACCCAGCAGACCGGCGGUUAUACAACUGAGCUAACCGGGCGGCUGUUGUCGAUCAAUGAUCGAUUAUAAUCAUUGAGAGGUUUUGCGAAACCAAACGUACGUUAGGUCAGCCUCCACCUCUCAAAAGUUGACUGUUGUUCAAACCGUGUAGAGGGCGCAGACCCUGGUGGUGUCGUCAACCCAUCUCGGGUUGGGUGGGUAAUUAAGGGGUAACUGUCACUUUGGGACACAGUCUUGAAUUGAUUCACUGUGGUGAAUUCAAUUAAUCCAAUCAAAUAAAAGAAUCUACUAUAAUGGGAAUUCACGAGUUAUCUCUGAUCAAGCUUGAGAUGAGAAAGGUAUUUGAGACCUUUUCUAUCUUCUUAAGCCCAUUGCUAUGAUACCGUGUGGGUUACCGGAUGGCUUUCUAUUUCCUUUUAAAUACAGAAACACUUGGGUAUUGAAACUUGCGAUCAUAUGUGGAAAAGUGUUCUGAUUAUAAUUACUAGUUCCUCUAAAGCGCAGUAAAAAGAGAUAAAGAAUGGUAGAUAUAUUUAUCUCUGUAUAUUCUCCUUGAUGUAUAGGAAAAGGCUAAGGUAUUUAACAGGGAAGAAAGAAAACAGUAUUCAAAAUGGUCUUCUUGGGUUAAAGUACCUUCUCGCCUAAAUUAUCUCGAUUAUCUUUUAACAACAUCAUUUUACAGGUGACAGGCGACCUUCGGAUUCUCAAAAAAUGGUUGCAGUUAUAUUACCAUUUCUUGCCCAGAGAGAAAAGCUUCACAAGGAUAUUUUUGCUCAUUUGAGGUACAACACCACCUAAUCUUGCCUAAUAAAACCACACCUAAACAUAAGUUGCUUUUUCUUCGUCGUAGCAGCAAACUCUUAGAAAAUAGCCCCAAUUGAUAUACACCUAUGAAAAUGAGGUAAAAGAUGGAUUCUUGUAGUUUUAUAACCGUUAUGAUUAUGACGCAUUUCUGUGCGCUCACUUCACUCGAAGUCAAUCUUGUAAUAAGGCAGACUCGUUUGCAGUCCCCACCUAGCGAUGAAACGUUGUAAACUCGUAGCCUUUAAUCGACUUAGCGAUCCGAAAUUUGCAAUGACAGCGACUUUUUUGCCGUGAAAGCAAUGCAGCACUUGACCAGGUAAAGACCUUACUAACUUAUGGUUCUUUAUUUUCUGUUACUUACUUUUAGCAAAGUUAUUUCCUGCAAGAAGGAAAUCCGCGGUCUCAUGACACGUCUUCAAGAAACUAAAUCUAAACUUGUGGAACAAUCGGAAGAUCUUGCUGAGGUUUGUUUUUAUUCCUAGAUGGUACUUAUUAUCAGGGACUCUUGCUCUCGCUCAAUUACCGACCAAGUUUGAAACUCAUCUCGUCCCUUGGCCUGACUAUUUCGCAAGGCUGAUGCAUUUCGGGUUACGUGGUCCGAGCAAGUUUGUGUUUGCGAGGUUGUCUCGGAUCUGUCACUGAAAGGCAUUGACCGAGAAGGCCUGGAGAAAGGCCGUGCAGAGACUAGGCCAGUAAAGAACAUUUCCGAUCAUUUCUCCUAUGGAAAAAGAAAACUAUUUAUGUUAAAAGUAGCUGGGCUGAGAGAAACAUGAAAAAUGACUGCUUCUGUUUUCCUUCCAGAUGCAAAGACAAAGACAAGUUGACCUUUGGAAACUUGUUCAAUCAAAGGUUGUUGGUUUGCUAUGAUCGUAUUUUGUAUUUGUGUGAUCCUUCAUUCAUUAUUCAUUGAGUGAGCCUGUAGGUUGUUUGUUUUCGGCCACAGGUUCUUCCCUUUUAGGUUUUGUAACGCGCCCCUUUCACACCAUGCAGGGAACACGUUAGAAAGGAAAAGGGAACUGGGACGAGUUACCUUUCGCAAAGAAUUCUGGGACUGUUACUGGGGACAGGAAAAAAACUGGCCAAUAGCUGACCGGCACGUCCCCAAUAACGAUCCCAAAGGUCUUUUUCAAAGUUAACACAGUCCAGCUUCCUUCCCGUUUCUAAAGUGGCGAAAAAAGGCGCACUUGAUAAUUAAUGUUGGUUGUGAAGAACAUACUCGGCAAGUAGCAUACUGGUCUUUGCGAUAGAGCGUUUUCGUAUGACCUUGAAAUGAAAACGCGCGAACAAUACAGAAAGAACAAACGAACGGAAAUAAAGCGAUUUGACUUGUUUGUCGAACGGAUACAAAACGUGCGCGGCUUAGCUUUCGGCUGAUUAAGCGAAAGCUUGGCUGAAAAAAAAUUCAUCCCGAAGAACUUUCUAAAAAUCAAUCGAUACUUCGCUUUGAGGUGAUACUGUAACACGAUUGGCCAAUCGAACAAUGCGUUCUCCAUAUAUGGGUUUUCUUUGGUGGGAAAACGAAGAGACCAUGUUUUGAUCUUUUCAGUAAUUGGCUGAUAAAACAAAUAACGAACACUUACCGAAACCAUUCUUUAAGGUCAUACGAAAAUAGCUCUAUCGCUAAAUAACUUCUCUGACGUCAUGGAGUUGCAGAUUACAGUAUAUGUGCACAAUAUUUAUGUUAGUAGACUGUUCAUAGGUCUGAUUCCUUCUCUUGUUUCUCUCUUUCUUCGUGCUAGAAACAAAGGCGACACGAUAGGCGUCGUACAUCGAGUGGAUCAUACUCUUCCCUUUCCUCGCUCACGUCCUCUUGGUAUGUAAUUGUAAUUGUAAUUUGUUUACCCACAUAGGAGUUCUUAACAACUCGUUUAAACGUGUCCUGAUCGAAUUGGAAUUUGGAAGUGCUGGUUUUUUAGGGAGGGGAAAACCGGUAAUACCCGAAGAAACACUAGAGAACCAACAACAAACUCAACCCAUUUAUGGCGUUGAUGCCGGGAUUUGAAUCCGGGCCGCAUUGGUGGGAGGCGAGUGAUAUUCACCGCUGCACCACCUUGCUGCCCAAUGUAACAGUCACAAGUGUCACAAAAAUCCCAAAUCUAUUAGGCCAACAGUUUCUAAUUAUCAAAAUUCAUAAUUGAUUCCGAGGGUGAGGAAAAUAAAACAAAAGAGAUGAAUUAUAUAUCCCUAGAUGUCAAUGCUAUUUCUUUGUUGGAUGUUUGUGGGUGUUGCGGAAACUGUUGUUGCUUUGCUUUUGUUAUGUGGUGUGGAUAUUGUCAGAGUCUUUUCAGUCCUUUGUCAUUUGGUAAUCGCAUCCUUCCGCAACAUCAAGAAACUAUCAAGUAUGAAUUUUAAUUACUUCCAAAUGUACCUAUUGGUAGUUAGUCAGUUGUGUAGGAGCUUCUCGUAAGGUCUCUCCUGAUUGGUCGCAGAAAACAAUGACAUGUCGUUCUUUCAAUUGUUUCAGUAUUGUUUAGGGUCAGGGUUAGGCACCAUUGAUGACUUCUCUUCCGAGCAACUGCUACAUGACCCUAGUUAGUAGUAUAGUGUGCACUAAAUUAACUUUUUGAAAAAUAAUAAACAGUACCAGACUACCCUUUCUGCUCUGGGGUUAUAGUUGCUGUCAAAGAAGCCACCCCUUGUCAGCGUCGUGCUAAGUAUUUUACAUUAGUUUAAGCUUCUUCUGUUGAGAGUGUCUUUGGGUAUUUCCCAGGAAAUGAAAGUUGCGACGAUCGCGAACAAGUUUGACGUUAGUCAUACGAUGAAGGCAAAGAAAUAUGCCAUAGAGUGCGCUGUCCGUUGACAGUUUUUCUUUUACUAAUUAAAGCUCUUUACUUUUUUUACUUUCUCGUUUCUGUCGUGGUCCUGGUCGCUCGAGCUUGCUAGUAGCGUUACCACGCAACACAAUUCUUAAUAUGCGACGAUUUUGUUGAGAAACUGACGAUUUGUGGCGAAAAACGAGCGACAAAAACGAUGUCGGUGGGUACCCAUAGAGAGGUUCUCAGUUAUCUAGAGUAAAAUUAAGUAAAGUAGCCAGUUACUGAAGACUUAUUCUUUUUUCCAGUUGCAGUCCAGAUUCUAUUGUUCUCAUGGAGGAAAGUUGCAAAAAUUUUGAAAAGUAAGGCAAAAGUUACGCAUUUUGUGACUAAGAGUACAUCAAAUGCAAAAAACGUUACGUGAGCAAAUAGUUUAAGGAAUCAAAAUAAAGCGCGCUUUCAGUCCUUAAUGUACAUGUAGUUUGCGAGACAAAAGACUAUGGGCGCAAUCCAUUCGCAAGGUAAACCGAAUGUACGUCUCAUUUGAUGUUGUUCCCAGAAUUUUCGUUGUAACUGUUCACAUUUCAGAAAUUCAUUUCACGUUUGGUGGAAAGUUUCCUAUUCAUUCUUGCUUUCAAAUUCCCUGACGUUUUUCUCGAUUAGAUCGCGCCCUCUGUCUCCAUAAACGCCCUCCUCCCUCUUUCCCCGCUUCGCGUCAACUUCGUCUCCUCUCCCUGUUUCGGCGCGAGUAUAAUGGCGCGAAAGAGGCCUCUGUUGAGAAAAGGGCGUUACAUUACAGUUCCUUGAAUCAUGGCCAGUUACCCGUCGUGCUUUAUUUAGGCUCUGUCACGACGUAACGCUUCAGCAGUGGUGGAUGAGCCAGGGGUUCAGUGCCCGCACCUUACUUCCGGCCAAACUGAGGCCUACAGAGCUGAGAAAAAUAAGUUUCAAGGCCGGCCCCUCUCUUAUCUUUAAGACUGUAUUAGCAGGCCCCCCAGUUACUUAAAGAUCACCAGGCACCAAAUAUCAUAGCCUACUCGCAAGCUCUCCAUUCGGGGGAUAUCGGGACAAAAUACGCUCGAAGUUACACCACUCGAAGUGGAGACCUUGCUCGCACGCUACAGAUAUUAUUUACUGUCAUAUUACUAAUUACCUUUUUUAUGACUUGUAGGUUUGCCGAAGAAUUAAACAAACUUAAAAUCGAUCAAAUGAAUGACCUUGAGGUACUGUACUCUUCGUAAAAAAGGCUGCAUAAGUAACUCUUCAGAUAGUAACCGUGUUCGAGUUCCUUACUUUAAGGUGACUCGACCCAGUUUUUUUGGGAGGGUACCAUCCUACUUUGAAGCUCUCUGGUAUCCCCACCUUUACUUUUAUCGUAAGUCUAACACAUAGAAUGGAUAACAUAUAGAUCAAUCUGCAAUAUAACAUAAAAUUUUUGGCGAUCGGAGUAAAUGUCACGUGGUUAUAAUGCCACGCCCCUUUGAGGUCUGAGUCGAAAAUCGGCUGUUGCCGGCAUUUUUUUGUGAAAAUCUCUCGGCUACACAUAGUGCGCAUUAGUGCCUUGCGCUGAACAGAGUUUCACCAAAAUCGCAAAGACCCAAUUCGAGAAAUUCAGCGGUUUCCAAAUUUAGGUCAUAAUUUAUGCGAAAAUGAUAAGCAAACUUUACACGGAUUAUAUCUAAUAAACCAAGAGAUUCAUCCCUUUAUUUUGGGCAUCGUUAUAACAGAUGGGUCCUUGCAAGUCAGCAAAACGCUUUAGGGCCUUGUAAAUGCGCGCGAUUUCGAGCAAAGCAAACAUAUAGAAAUUAUAGUUUUCGGUAUUUGUUGACGUUUGUCAGCGUUUGAGAGUCCUUCUCACGAAAAAAGCAUUUUCUUAAAAAUUCGUAGUUUUUUUUCCUUCAAGAUCCAGGUUAAUAGGCCGUUUCUGAGUCCCGGAAACCCUCACUUUCAAAGCGAGGCUAAGUAGAAAACCUUUCUUUCUUGCUAUAAUGAGUUUCAUUUGCAUGAGAAUGAAAAGUUGUUUUCAUGUCAAUGGCUGCGCACUUAGCCUCACUUUGAAAGAGAGGUUGGAAGCAACUCGGAAAUUACCUAUUGGGCGCUUGGAACGUCCUUAAAGUUUAGCGGCCCGCAUAGUAGAAUAGGACCAGCAAAACUGGCCAAUCACAGGGGACGUACUAACUGAGAAAUAUAAAAGCUAAACUAAGGUCCUCGGAGAUCUUUUUUCUUAUCAUCAUGAGCUUUUAAUACUUGUGUUUGAUCAUGUAAUGACAUUGCAACCCGACAUUUUGUGCCGAUAAUAGAGCUUAAAUCGUUUAAAACAGCAAUCAUUUCCUUUCAGGCUCUUGAAUGGGACUUUUUGGAGGAUGCAAGCGAUUGCGAAGACACAGCAAGUGUAUAAACAGAGAUGGGGAUGCGUUCGUUUUCGAGUUCGCUAUGACCUCUGAAUCAAAGAAGUGAAGACGCAUUUUUUACAGGCUUAGCCUCCAUCUGAAGUAAUAUAUUCACAAAUUCCAACUAGAAAAAGACCUGUUUAUUACUCUGUCUAUUGUAUAUAUUCAAAUUUCAAACACUUACUUGCCAGAAUAGGACAAUUGCACGAUGACGACAUUUGACUACAACUACCAGAAUUCAAUUCGGUUUUGCUUUGUUAUUUAAAUUUGUCAAUCCCGCUGGGGAUUAAAGAACAAUAGCCUUAAUUUGCACAAGAAAACAACAAACUCAAGGAUUCUGGUAGUUGUAGUAAAAUGACGUCAUCGUGCAAUUGUCCUAUUGCUGAAUAUUCUACUUUACAUCGAGGCUAACCCUGUAUGAAUGUGUCGUUAAUGUUUGUACUCAGCGGUAAUUUUUGAUUCGAAACUGGACUAUUCAAUUUUGUUGAUUGGUUGUUGUUCAGACUAAAUCAGAAUUUUUGUAUUGUGGACUAUUGACACCUAUCAUUGCUUUGUAAUGCAAAUUCUGAAUUGAUUGGUUAAGAGCCUAGGCAUUAUAAUGUUCGAAAUACGAUUAUUUUGAAAUUUGGCUGCUGUGGAACCAUAGUUAGUAUUGGGUACUGGUUGUGAACGCCAGCAAAUUACAAAGAAGAAGCACGAUAUGAUGAAUCCGUCACGUGACACCAACCGUGUACGAGUAAAAGAGAGGCCAACGAAGUGGGCGAUCUCUUUGGUUUAUGAGACGAUUUUAAUUGUAUUUGAAACUAAUUUUUAGCUAACUACUAUGGUGACACACCACCGCCUCUUUUUGUGUCAGUGCGUUGUAAAGAGUGAAGUAUUGGUAUAUUAUAAGCCCUUUUGUCAUUAAAUGACAUGCGAAUGAGAGCCGUGUAUUCUCUAAUUUAGCCAUAUUUGGAGUCCAGCUUUUUAAAUUUUGCUUUUGAAUCAAUGUCCUCUAGCAGGUCUCUCGUUCUAACCUUACGACCUGAUUUUUUUAGUUGAAAUUAAAGAUGAUUAAAGGAGUUUAAAUU